AGCGCGUCGUCUCGCUAGAUGGAUCAUCCCGAGGACGUCUUCGCGGGGGAUCCAUUCCCGACUUGCUCAAGGCAUGCGCUUCGAUGUAUAGAGAUCUAUCUUGGUUGCGUCCAACGCUUGCUACCUCCGUGACCGCUCGACUCUGGGCCCUGCAAUGGGGUCUCACGGGUUGGCCCCACCCCAUCAUCAGGGAUGCACCACUCUUUCCGAUCGUGAGGCCGCGACUGCACGUGUGCCCCCGCUGCGGCCAGAUGUACUCGUGGGCGUCGAACCUGCGGAAACACCUAAAGAUGGGCUGCGGCAUGGUCACCUUCGAGACGCACUUCUCCUGCCAGUACUGCCCCUACAGAUCGAGGAUCGAGGCGAGCUUCCUCAAACACCUGCUCUCGGUGCACAACAUCAAGUAGACGUCGCGCUGGGGCGACAUCCCCGGUAUCUCGCCGACCGACGUCUUCGAUUCUUCCGUAAUCGCGACGUCUCCGGGAGGAAUUCGUUCGAGGUUCUUCUCGCGAUUAGAAUCGAUGGAAGACCCGCCAGUCUCUGAUGAUUCUUUCGCAGGGGGAAGAGCUUCGCCACGGUCUCCUUGAGUCAGAAUAAUCUGGUAGUCGGAUAAUAUCGUACGCCCCGCGAAACUGUCCUCCCGUAGCUUCCCACGCUAUGUUCUUAUCUAAUAGGAAGCUCACGUGCUCGAGCGAAAGCUGAUGUGUGGCUUUCUGACGAGGAGCUAAGUUGUUAUCUCGCACGAUGGCCGAAGCAGCGAGUAUGCACCGCGUUUACGUCCGAAUUGCUUUGAAGCUUAUCGGAGCGUCGACUCUCGAAAACGUAAGACGUCGUAUGAAGAUUGUAAUAUGACACGUCAUAUCAAUGAUCUGUAGGGUCUAACAAUAAGUGUCGUACUAUAGACUCUGUGUGAUGUCGUCAUUGACGUUCGAGACUCCGUGAGAGCGAUUUUUAGCUUAUAUGAGUUGUGCUUGCGACGUUCGCCGACUUAAAUCUCGGGGAGAUGAUUUUGUUUCAGAUUAUUUUAGGCCAUAGUACGUGGAAGCUAGCCUCUUUCAUUUGCAGAAAUCGUUCAACGUGAGAAAAGUGACUUUGAUAGACAUAACACUUAAUUGAGUGAACAAAAUCUAGUCUAAAGGCUGUUUUUUCUUCCGUAAGAUUUCAGACGAACUCGCUUCGUGCUGCGGUUCGCAGAUAAAGAUAUGGAUAUUAUUUUUAUGUAUUUUAACACAGAGUAAUCAUAUCUCUUUAAGUGUCUUUGUAUUUUGCUUGAUAUAAAGUAAAAUGUGCAAUUAUAACUACACACUAAUUACAUUUCUGAUUUUAAUUGGAAGAGAUCCACUCGCAUCAGGAGCGAAAUCUUUCCUUUUGAAGAACUUGGUUUGUUCGAGUUAAUCAUAUCUCGGCUCGGGAAACCCACAAUAAUUUCUAGUUUUAGCGAAAGAGCUUUGUUACAUUUACAGAUAGGAAUCUUCGUGGUAAAUGUGUUUCAUCUUUGCCAGAGACUUUUCUCUCCUUUCGUCCAUUUCUGUCGAGGAAAACGCCUUCCGUUCACUAUUGGUGCAAUUAAUAAUAUCCGAAAUUGUUACAAUUCGUAACUUCGAUAUCACGCGUAUGUACGAGCGCGCUCGUGUGUAUGUGUGGGCGUGUGUCUGGCGCGUGUCUGUGUGUGCGUAUGUGUGUGGCAAAGUGUAGCACGGAAAGUCUGAUUACUACCUAACGACGAGACAUUAAUGAUCACGUAUACUAUAAGUAUAGCCGCCGGAAGAUGUUGGGGGACGGCAAUCAUCGAAGACUACGUAAUGAUCUUAAAAGUCAAACCUAUAGGUUUAAAGAUAAGCGAUAAACUUAAGAAGAAGUCGAUGGAGUCGUUUUUUAACGCGAUUAGUAAUACGCCCUUGUACCGUCGAUUAUCGUGCAUUAUAGAGACUGCUCGAGUAUAGUGCAAUUUGACUGUAAAUUACGCUAGCUCCAACUACACUUAGCCAUGUGGCGUAGCGGAUUUUAGACGACAGUUACUUACAUUUAUCGACGUACCGACAAUUAAGCGUAUCCCACAACAGCCAAUAAUUUCAUUUACGACAAUGUAACCAUGAUUAGGGAUAAGCAUGCAUCCGUGGCCUCUUUUACAAUAUACACAGAUUUCAAUGAACAUGAACAUUGAGUUUUCUUUUUAGGGCUUUGUAACGCACGGCCAUCCUGCUUUCGUUUACAGAUCUUGUUUUUCUUACAUCGUGCAACAAUGAAACGAGAACGCAAGAUAUUAUGUAGAUCGUAGGUGAAUUAUUAUCCGAUACUCGAAGCGCUGUAUCGUGCCAUUACUCACUUAAACGCAUUAGUCAUUUAUCCAAAUUCGAAACGCUAACUUCGACAUUUCGUAACAUAGGAACGAAAUAAUAUUCCGACGUAAAAAUGUCUGAGCCGAUUAAAUGUAAGGAAGCCUACACGGAAGCCUCGUAAACAGAAGAAGGUACAAGUUUAGGAAUUUAAGGGAAGAGUCGCAAGAGUUGCAUAUCGAGAAGUGCAUGCUAACAAACAAUCAAGAUCCACCUAAUCGCCCCUAGUGAGGGAACUCGCGUAUCGAUGCUCGUUACAAAAAAAUUUAUUACUACCGCGAAAUUUCUUACGUACGUGAAUGAGACAACGUGCAUACGGCGGAUAACGACGUUAUAGAGACGAUAACGAUGUAAAACCACCUGUCUACGAGAGGCACCGCUAAUGUACUUUCCAGUCGAUAGAUCAGUAGAUCGAUAGAUCGGCGAAGCCACAUGUCGCGUUGGCUGCGCUACGCAGCGAUUAAGUGUUUGUGUAACGAUGUUUCGCAUUCGUUUGCUUUCUAAAUAAAUACCUGUGUACAUAUUCGCAGU